GCUCGUGAUUGGCUCGGGGGCUUCCUCGGCCGCGCGCAGCUGGUGUAAUCAGGAGGAGCGGACAGUAAUGGACGAGCCUCGGGGGACCAGGACCAGGACCAGGUAGUUCCCUCCGGCACCAACUCCCAAGCGGGACUUGUCGGUGAACUUCGUCCGGAGCUCAGAGGGAGGGAGGCGGGGAGCGACACGCCAUGGAGGCGCCGGCUGGCGGGAGCAGGGACUCGGCCGCCGAGGACCGCGGAGAGGAGCCGAGCGGCGGAGGACUCACCUGUGCGCCGGAGAGGUACCGGGCCGCCAAGUUCAGCCUGGCCGCCUACCUGCUCUGCUGGGCUCUGCUCAGGUGGUACCAGAAACUCAGAAACUGCCAGUUUGCUCCUCUACAGCCGCAGGAAGCCCUCGAAGACUCACCCCGCUUGUCUGAAGGCUUAGGCUUAGAAGAGGGGGAUUUGGGUGCAGACUCCUUGGAAUGGUGCGAGAGUGGCAUAGGAGGCGGCGACACGUCGGACGAGUAUUUUGACUCUCGCUCAUGGCACAGCGACACCCUGUCAGAUUUAACUCCGGACGGGGAGGACUGUCUGGUCGCCCUGCUCGGACUGGAGGAAUCCUUCGAUGGUCAUCAAGCGACGGGAGGCUGCUUCCGCACUGGACAGAGUAAAGUGCGGAGGAGAGAGUUGGUGAAGGACAGCCACCGAGACGCCGCACAGACUUAUGUUGGACAAACCAGUUGCCGCAGAGGGAAAAGCCCAGAGAACCAUCUAGUCCCCAACGAUCCCUUAAAGCUCAGCACCAGAGACCUGAGCUCUUUUGAGACCCGACUCCCGGCGAUUAAAGAGAAAUUAAGACUCGACUUGCACCGACAACACUCCAGUUUACAGACUGCUCGCACAGAAACUCAACUCAAGGGCUCCACGGAGACGCACAGUUUACAUGCACACAUCCAACACAGUAAAAAGGUAAAUACUCCGACAGACGCUCAGGAAGUGUGGCUGCUUGGACAGCCCGAAGAAAGCAAUCCCAACAGACUGAAUAUAUCAACAGAGGCCGAAAAAUGCAGGACACAUACAGACACGACAGAGGGCAAGAUUGUGGAGACACAACAACAAAAAACAUUAGAAAUCUGCAAUGUUCAGGAUUUCGAUAAUCCUGAACUGCUCAGUACUUGUGUUGUAGAGACAGACCCAAGUUUAAAUAGAUGCAACGGUGACUUUAUUGAUAGACGUCACAGACGGAGAGAGCAUUUAGAACAUCAGGGUAUAAUCUGCGAAGUCCGAGACAAAAGGGGCUCGUGUAAGACUGUGGGGACAUAUUGUAAUCCAACACAUCACAAAUUAGAGACUAAUUGUAGCAAAAACAUAAAUAUAGCAGACUCGCAAUUUGCCGAUGUAGUAAAUGCACAACAUAUUGACAGUAUUCGCACACCAGCACACUCCAAGUGUGAGAUUGAACACACAGACUCUCGGUUAAUUACAGAAAAUUCUGUAGCAAGUCCGGACAUCACAGAAGCACAGGGCACAAACACAAGUGGUGUAUCGAAUAACACAAAUUCCAAACUCAGAGACACACAUGAUACACGAAUCGGUGUAUCGGCACACAAGGUAGACUCUGGCUGUUCACGAACUCCGUGUGAGGAGAGCCCCAGCAGAGGACUGUCAGAGAUCCACCCCCAGGUUUGUAAUGGUGUAACCACACCCUGCGAUAAGGCAAAGGUGUCCGCCGUCUGCAUCCAGGCGGAGCAGCGCGGGCGUGUCGGAACCGUUGCGGAGGGGACUGUACCACCAGGGACUGUAAAUGAAAUCGGUUCCUCCAUUACGUUUUCCACAGAGACUAGAGCCUGUUUUCCGUUGGAUACCUGCGCUACUGAGGUUUCUAAAGUAGCCUCACCUGUCCUGCUGGGAGACUCAGACAGGGCGGAGCUCACAGGGAGGGAACUAGAUCAAAAACAACCUCAGAGGUUACACCUAUGGCAGGGUUCAGGUCACACCAAAGGUUUAACCCCUAAUGAAUUGGAUCAGAGGGAUGCUACGGUAGAAAAACCUUUUAAUUGGCAGCUCCAUUCAGUGGACAGACUUUUGACGAAGGCUCGGUCAGGCUCUAUAGAACCUGGGCCGGACUCGACUCAAAUCCAGCCCGACUCUGGUGUGGAGUCAGAGGAAUGCCUGCCCUCUCACACAUUUUCGAAUAAUUUUCUGUUUUUAUCUGGCAACCGAGAGGCAGAGGAGACCUCCCCUCUGUUAUCAGAGACGUUUAGAGGAGGAUGGGGGAGGGUAGGAUCACCCUGCUCUCUUCUCAAGGAAUGGGAGGGGGAGGACAGUUAUGUCUAUCUUGACCAGGAACAAACAGUGGAAGCAGCGAGUCAAGUUAGUCUCUCACAGUCAAAACUCGGCAAAACAGAUCUUUCUGAACACAGUGAGCUGAGAGUUAUCCCAGAGGCUAUUGCCAGUGAUCGUGAAGCCCACUUCUUUUCUCAGCAUCUGCCUAGUACGAUAGGAGAAACAUCAACACACCCUGCUGCUUCUUGUGAAUCCAUUCAGGACAGUAGCAGAGAAAACCCAGUCGUAGUCCAAAAGGCAAUUUCACAGACGAGCACAAAAGGCACUGUCGGCACAGUUUCCAGUCCAGGUCAAGUUCAGCUGGAUCUGAAGAUUCCCGAACCUCACUGUAGCCUGAAGACCUCUCUUUCUUUUCUCUCCGACUCUAACAAUAACACCAAGGCCAGUACAAAGGGGGCUCAAAGAGGGGAGGGUGUGGGUUGUUUCUCAGGGAGAGCCUAUAGCAACAACGACGUUAAUGACAAAACAAGUCCACUGGUUGAGCCAUCAAGAAAAGUGACCGUUGACUUUUUGGAAGAGGUAGACAAGUCCCGGGAUGAGGUGUCUUCACCGGACCACAGAUGGCACUGGAGCAGUGAGGACUCGGGAUCUGUGCAAGGGAAAGACAUUGAUAGCCACUUAAAUUUAAGCCUGGUUCAUGCCGAGGAGCGAGAAAGACUAAAGACAGAGAACGUAAGUGAGGAUGACACAGUUUUAAAAAGGCUAAAGCUGUCUGCUAACUCAGAAAGAAACAAAGGCCUUAGGCAAUUAAGUUCAGAAGUGGACAGUGAGUUUGAAAAAGACGAGCCAUCAGGGGAUCACAGCUUACGUAAUACAGGAAGAUGCAGUUUACCUGAAUCAUUGGACGAACAUACACUGCUUGAGGAGUACAGAGGACAGACACAGGUGAGCUUGCCAGCUCCCCAGCAGGAGGGAAAGGCAGGGAGAUAUUCGCACCCCGACGUAAGCCUCAACCUGCUCGCCGUCAGAAGUUUAGAGCCAAUUUGGGAGGCUGAGCGUUUGCUGGAAAACUGUGGCACAACAGUGGACAAUUUGAAAGUAGAAACAGAGGAAGAAUAUGAGACAAUGAGGCCCGCUGAGGAAGUGAGGCAUAUUGUCAACCUUUCAGGCGACAUCUCCAUCCCCACCGGUCCACAACACCAGGCUGAGCAAAAAGAAAAAUCCCUAACCACUGCUGAGUCGGAGCCUGAAGUGAACACAGCUGCGCAUGUCCUGCGCAGUAGUAACGAAACACACUGUAGACCUAUGACCGUGGCCUAUGAUGCCGUGUGCUACACCUCUGCAAGCAGCAACUGCAAUGAGUUGGAGGAUACGCACUUUGCCACUUCGGACAGAAACGCCAAUCUUGACAAAGUGAUCAAGAGAAGAAAAACAAAAGGCAGCCAGGUGGGAAAUAGAGGCUCUUCAUUUUCUGUCUUUGCUAAAAUGCCUUCUUUCAGGAAGGCUAAGGGCUCAAAGAGCGUCACAAGUGAAGAUGUACCUCAGGAGACAUCAGACAGAGGAUGUGACGACAUUAUGUCCGACCAAGUGCCAAGAAAGGACAACUCGGAUGAUGAGGUUUUUGUCAGAGGCGGCGACAUCCUCAACCGAACAGUCCACCAAGGUCUGUCCUCGGUGGCUUACGACAUGGAAGAAGAGGACUGUGGAUCCUUCCCGUCUACUUCCCACACUCCCCAUUUCCGUCAUCUAGUCAGCGAAGGGAGUUGUCAGGUGGGUAAUGGAGGGUCAAGGCCAGACGACCCCCUUCUCAGGCAAGUCGAGUCACCUAUCGGGCAAACCUACAAGAGGAGCAAGAGCAACGACAGUCUGAACAUUCGUAUGCGCUUUGCACAAGCGCACAAGUCUCUCUCCAGUCUGUUCGAGUCCCGCUCAAUGGAUAAGGAGAACGAGGAGCAGGUCUCCGUGGGCAUCGAUUUGGAUUCUGGUAAAGCUAAACAGUCCUGGAGGAAGCUAAAAAAGUCCAAGGAGACCGAGCUGCUGAAAAGAACUCUUUCGGUGCCAGAUGGGGAAUGUAGCAGCUCUCCUUCUGGGCAGGACCUUGGACACUUCAUCUCCUCUCCGCUCCUGGACAGGCUCAGCAAUCCAGGGUCACCGACCUCCCUCAGAGCCCUUCGCCACACAGAUCCCAUUUCCAAACGGGGAGUUCCACAAGGGACUGGAAAAGAGAACCCCCAUGGGUGCAAAUCUGAGGGCCAGAGAAGAAAGGGUUUACCGAACACUUUAACUGGCCUAGCUCCAUUUUCUGAUGACUCUGCAGUCCCACAUACCUUCUUCAGCCCUGUUUUACCUUUGAGCCCCAGUUCACUAGCCAGCCUUACUCAACAGCCUUCUCAUUCCUGGACACGGUCCUACACACUUCCUAGUGAGGGCUUUACUGAAAGCCCGCUGCGGCCAAUGAGCCCUAAACCCAACAGCCCAAGGCCCGCGGCUCAACGCAAACAUUUCCGCUACCCUCACUCGUCAAGGGCCAGCUCUGGGGGUCCUAUUCUUCUGAGUCAGUCGGUCAGCGUGGAAGGACUGACGGACCCCCCUGAAAGACCCAAGACUCUGAAACCAUCGACUAGCCCUCUAGGUGUCAGCCUCAGCCUUCUGGAUACAGCCGAGCACAGAACAGACAGCCAGUCACACAUCAGCCUGUACGCCAUUGGCUUCAUCAGUGAAUUAGAGGACACGCAAAACAAUGGCCGACCCGCCGGUCAGUCCCGAACAAGAAAGCUGUUGGAGGUGGAGGGCGAAGGGAAGAAGGCCUCUAUGGUUCUCGGCAGGCUGAGGAGUGGCUGCUGGGUGGAUGUGGGCCGGGACAGAGGUGGGCGAAACUGUUCCGACGACCUCUGGAUCGAAGAGCGAAAGAAAUACAAACGCAAACUGGCCAGAGCCGUCAGAGGGAGCCUCGGCCAGCUCAACACACUGAUAUGUGAAGACGUGGACAAAGUUGAUGAUGGAGUCACCUCAGCGUCCGUCAAGGCUUUCAGGGGUAUGCCGCUCAAAGCCCACUCCUUCUCGCAGAGCACUCCCAUCGGACUUGACUGCCUGGGCUGGAGAAGACGCAUCUCCUACAACUCGGUGGUUAUUCCUGAUGGGGCGUCGGAGAAGGCGGGGCUCGGGGACGAGCUGGGAAGCGAGGAGGACCUGCUCUACGACGACUUUCGCAGCUCCGGACAUCGCUUUGGACACCCGGGAGGAGGCGGGGGCGAGCAGCUGGCCAUCAAUGAGCUGAUCAGCGAUGGCAGCGUGGUGUACGCCGAGGCGCUCUGGGACCACGUCACCAUGGACGACCAGGAGUUGGGCUUCAAGGCCGGCGACGUCAUCGAAGUAGUGGACGCCACGAACAAGGAGUGGUGGUGGGGCCGCAUCGUGGACAGCGAGGGCUGGUUUCCCGCGAGCUUCGUGCGGUUGCGCGUGAACCAGGACGAGCCCAUGGAGGAGUACCUGGCCCACCUGGAGGAGGUGCACGCCGGCGAGAAGGACCAGGCCGCCCUGGGCCUGUUGCUGGGGCCCGGUUUGCCCUGCAAGGAGCAGAUGAGGACCAACGUCAUCAAUGAGAUCAUGAGCACGGAGAGAGACUACAUCAAGCACCUGAAGGACAUCUGCGAGGGUUACAUCAAACAGUGCCGCAAGAGGACGGACAUGUUCACCGAGGAGCAGCUUCGCACCAUCUUCGGCAACAUCGAGGACAUCUACCGGUUCCAGAGGAAGUUCCUGAAGGGCCUGGAGAAGAAGUUCAACAAGGAGCAGCCGCACAUCAGCGAGAUCGGCUGCUGCUUCCUCGAACAUCAAACAGAUUUCCAGAUCUAUUCCGAGUAUUGCAACAACCACCCCAACGCCUGCGUCCAGCUCUCCAAGGUGAUGAAGGCCAACAAGUACGUGUUCUUCUUCGAGGCCUGCCGCCUGCUGCAGAAGAUGAUCGACAUCUCCCUGGACGGCUUCCUGCUCACGCCGGUCCAGAAGAUCUGCAAGUAUCCGCUGCAGCUGGCCGAGCUGCUCAAGUACACCAACCCGCAGCACAGAGACUACAAAGACGUGGAGGCUGCCUUGAACGCCAUGAAGAACGUGGCGAGGCUGAUCAACGAGCGGAAGCGGCGCCUGGAGAACAUCGACAAGAUCGCCCAGUGGCAGAGCUCCAUUGAGGACUGGGAGGGCGAAGACGUCCUCAGUAGAAGCUCUGAUCUCAUCUUCUCAGGGGAGCUGACCAAGUUGUCUCAGCCUCAGGUCAAGAGUCAACAGAGAAUGUUCUUCCUCUUUGACCAUCAGAUGGUGUUCUGCAAAAAGGACCUGCUGCGCCGGGACAUGCUGUACUACAAGGGCCGGGUGGACAUGGACCACGUGGAGGUGAUCGACGUGGAGGACGGCAAGGAGAAGGACUUCAACAUCAGCGUGAAGAACGCGCUGAAGCUGCGGUCGCCGGCGGGCGACGAGGUCCACCUCCUCUGCGCCAAGAAGCCCGAGCAGAAGCAGCGCUGGCUGCGAGCCUUCGGCGACGAGAGGCGGCAGGUCCAGCACGACCGCGACACAGGCUUCUCCCUCACAGAGGUGCAGAAGAAACAAGCCAUGUUGAACGCAUGUAAGAGCCAUCAGGCUGGGAAACCCAAAGCGGUGACCAGGCCCUACUACGACUUCCUCCUGCGACAGAAACACCCGUCGCUGCCCACGGCUCUGCCCCAGCAGCAGGUCUUCAUGCUGGCCGAGCCCAAGCGCAAAGCCUCCACCUUUUGGCACAACAUUGGCAGAUUGACACCCUUCAAGAAGUAAAAAAAAAAAAAAGAGGAAAUGGGGGAGGAGGAGAAAAGAGAAGAGCUCUCUGCUCGUGCCUGAACAGACCCAUUUUUUUUAAUUCUUCCUCUUUUCCUUUUUUCCUACUGGUAACAUUGGCCCCUAAUUGAUAUACUGAUUUAUUGUAUAGAUGAGGAUGAUGAUGAUGACGAGGAGGAGGAGGAGGAGGAGGAGAUUAUUUUUUUGAAAGCACUUUAUAGGUUGGUUAACAAUCAAACUUGAGAACGGUCUCCCGGAGACGAACGGGGGGAGAGUGGACUCUUGCUUAACGUAACUACUACUACACCUUCAAUCAAGCGCCAACUGGUACUAAUACUACUACUGUACUACUGUACUGCUGCGGGCGGGCGGGCGAGCGCGGGACCCCCGACUGGCGCCGCCUCCGCGAAAAAAGACGUUGCCUGGCGACAAAAUCCAAUGUCGUUCAUUUCCCGCCGUUUCUUAUGUAUUUUUUAUGAUUUGACAGAUGCCAACUGUUUCGCAGUGUGCCAGCCGAUUUUUUUUUUUUUUGUACUUGUUUGUUUGUUGGUUCUAUGUCUGCUUAUUGGCGGCGGAGAAAAGAAAAAGGGAAAGGCGCUCCUCUCUUGUGCAAAUAUAUAUUGUUUCAGCUGCUGUUUUGAAAAGUGUUGGGUGAUCUUCUAUCCAUCCAGCCAGGAUCAUUUUCCUGGUGCAUUUGUGGUGUCGUCGCAAACACUUGAUAUAAAAGACGUGAACGCAGCCCAAAGAAGAUUCAACUCGUCACAGAUAAGGACCUCCUUUUUUUCCUUUUUUUUUUUUAAAAUUGGACAAACCAGCACACUCCGGGCGACACACAUUCCUCGAGUCCGAUUCCUCGACUCUUCCUUAAAAACCUUGUACCGCGUCGAUGAAAGUACAACAACCAGUACUCUUUUCCUUUGUCCUUGUUUAUUUUAUUUUUUUAAGUGCCAUUUUGAAGUGUGCCAUGGAUGACUUACAACGACAUGCAUGGAUGUGAUGAAAAAAUACUGUGAAGAAUAUUUCUUUUCCUUUUUAUUCUCUCUCUCUCUCUCUCUCUCUCUCUCUCUCUCUCUGAAGAAUCCAGCUAUAUUUAACCAGAUGCAGGUUUUUAUUGUGCUACUAGGCUGACGGCAUCACACACACACACACACACACACGGACGCUCUCUCUUAUCUACCUGUACCUUCUGAUCUCCAGUAUCCCUGCUCUCUGUGUAAUCUGGUCUCCAGUAUAAUCUCAUUUCAGAUCAAUGCAGCAGCCCCCCGGUGAUAUGACUCUGUAAAGUGCAUUCAGUGAAAUGUGCGCCGUUCACCUUUUGUGUUCAAAAAAUGUUUUAGCUUCUGACAAUAUGGAAUAUUAAACAUUCCUGAGCUGACGAA